AUGUUUACGACAGUUGCAAUAUUCUCUCUUAUACUAUUAUCAGUCAAUCAAGUUGAUGGACGAAAGUUUCAUUCGAGACGAACGGAUCCUUUGAGUGUUUUGCAGAAUACAUGCGCCAACACACCAAACGCAGGUGAUUGUGUACGAAUCAAGCUGCAAAUGGAAGAUCUACUUCGAAAAUGUAACGAUAUGGUAACACAAGUGUCAGCUUGUGGAGAUGUUCGAAGUAAAUAUUGCUACAUUUGGCCAGCAGAACUAUUCUGUUACACAUCCGGUGGAGGUGGUCAGGUAAUAGUAACAACAAAGGCGCCGUCAGGAACUAAUGAUCCUAACUGGUACCAGAUUCCAAGUGAUCCUAAUGAAUUGAAAUUACGUGGUGAUUAUUGUGUAACUCAUCAAAGUGAAGAUAAAUGCCGUAAUCUCUUGAGCGCAUUGAAAGUUCGCUAUGAAGAAUGUUCGAAACGUCCAAAAACUGAUGCUAGUUGCCAAAGUUUUAAAAUCUCACUUUGCGCAGCGUUUCCAAAAUUUUCUCCAUGUCUCAAUGGCAAUGGUGGACUUAAGCGACGAACGACUCGACUGCAAAAUCUCCUUCGACUACGACGACAGGUGAGAUGGAAUGACAUCGAUUAA